GUAUUCAACAGGUAUCAUUAAAAAAUGUGUUCGUCAGUCACCGUGGACAAGAUGAAGAUAAUUGUGGCAACUGGACUAAUCCAUGUCGCAGUGUAAGACACGCUGUCAAGAUUUCCAAUGCUAAUGACGUCAUACAUGUUGAUUACGCUGAGGGAAGACCUUAUCAAGAAUGUGAACAACUAAUCGGAGGAAACCAAGCCAUUAUGCUGGAUAAAUCGCUGUCGUUUUACGGCUUUAAUGGAAGUGCGAUAUUACAUUGUGAACAAACCUACCCAUUUUUUGAGAUAAAAAGUCAAAACCUCAAAAAUUGUUCAGCCCCAAAAAUUGUAUUCUCGAACUUUACACUGGCUAGUCGUGGAACGUUGGUUCACGUUUUAUCUGCCAUUUCUAGGUUUGAACUGGAAUUUAAUUUCUGCGACAUAGAGAGGUCUUUGUACGUUGUCCGGGCUAUAUCCUUAUCUUGCUCGAUUCAAGUGUUCAAUUCCAACAUUCUUAAUCCGAUAUGGAUGGCUUGUGGUAACCUGACGGCUCAUCUGAUUGGAUCAACAUUUUUCUCAUGUCAAAGUUCUUUUAUUUCCAAUUCUACUUAUUUUUCAAGCGAAGUUAGCUUACUUCCUUAUGAGUCAGCAUUGGAAGUUCAUAUCUAUAACUGCAGUUUUAUACCGAAGGGAGGAAAACAAUUGUGUGAUUGGUUUCUUUCAAUCAUGCUUUUGACUGGUAAUGGUAACAUCACAAUUAAGUCUUCCAAAUUUUUGAACUUUAAUAAUCAUGUGAAAAAGAUAGGAUUUGCGGCACUCUCAAUAUACGGCAAAUCUCCGCUCUUAUUGUCAACUAGCAUAGUUUUUGAUAAAUUACAUUUUGAAAACAUUAACUCAGGCCCGGUGGUUCGUUUACAAGUGGAAAACAAUCAAUGCCAUGUCUCUAUUUUUAACUCUAUGUUCGUAAACACUACCAGAGCACUUACCUGCAAGAUUAAUCUCUGCUCUGCUAAACUUUACAAUAUUACGUUUAACUCAGGAGGUUUCAUCAGUCUUAUCGGUGGUUCAUACCAUUUGUUGUCAUGUCAUUUUUCUCAAAAUGCUCCUGUGCAAAAUCCAAAUUAUCCACUUAUUCACACUGACAGCUCAACCGAAGUAACGUUCGAAAAUUGUUCGUACGAAAUUUAUCCAAUUGCAGAAACUAGUCGCAAUGGCAACUUGUUGAUCAGUAACAUGUUCUACGUUUUAUCGUAUGACUCAUCCGUAAGUGAGGUAACCGUACGUCUUGUUUUGAAAGGAUACUUCACAAUGAAUUGUCCCCCAGGUUAUAGAAUGAAUUUAAACACCAAGUGUGAUAAUUCUGGAGAUACACCAGUAUGUUAUUGGUUAUUUAUUGCGUUAUGUGAGCAAUGUCCGCGAAAAACAUACUCUUUCGACAGAGGAGAAGUUCAAAAUCACAGGUCCAACCACAUCACCUGCCAUGACUGCCCUGUGGGUGGGAACUGCGUCGAAGGCCAAGUGACAUCGAAACCUAAUUUCUGGGGAUACAAGACAAACCAGAAAGUCGAGUUUCUACAAUGUCCUCCCAAAUACUGCUGUGAUACACGUCACUGCGAAGGCUACAACAGUUGCCACGGUAAUAGAAUGGGUACUCUGUGUGGUGAAUGUCGAAGCGGGAUGUCGGAAUCUCUAUUUGACACAAAAUGUAAACCAAACAAAGAUUGCACAAGUGUUACGUUUUGGCCAGCGAUCUCUGCUUACUUAAUUAUUUAUCUCUCAUUCUUCUUGUACAAGAAAGAGAUCAUCAAUUUUGUACAGAAAUUUUGUAGUCCCAGAACACGAAAUAGUCUAAACUCUAAACCCAGUGGCCUCCUAAAGAUACUCUUCUACUAUUAUCAGGUUGUUCAUUUGUUAAGCAAUUCUGUUGGCUCGGAUGUAAAAGUUCAAUUCUUUGACGACAUAGAAAAACGUCUAUCCAGGGCAUUCAAUUUUCUUAUCAUUGGUAUUCCUUCCAUUGAUUGUCCAUUCCAAGAUCUUCGUCCUGUUCAAAAAGCGGUCAUCGUUCAUUCGGUAGGAUAUAGUUUGUUAGCACUCCUUUGUUUAUUGUAUCUUUCUAUAUUUGUAUUCAAGGUAGUUAAAAAACUGAGGGCUAGAUCCACUCAGCAGAUGGUCGCACUUACAGAAACAAUGGAUCAUAGUCCUAACCUGGCCGACCAGAAUUCUUUUCUGGGACGUAUUUCAGGGGCCUUUGCUUACAUUUCGCUUCUAAUGUACGCUUCGUCCACUCAAUUCUGUCUUUCCCUUCUCCACUGUGUUCCAGUUGGUGACAACCAAGUUUUAUUUCUUAAUGGUAAUGUAAAAUGUUACCAAACAUUUCAAUAUUUUCUUCUUGCUUACAUGAUUUCUUCCAUACUUCCAUUUUGUCUUGUUCCUGUUCUCGGCUCGUAUCUUUUAACGUCUGGUCGAAUUGGUGUGAAACAAUUUUGUGCGGCUUGUAUCUUCCCUCUGCCAUUUUCUUGUUUUUGGAUGUAUUUAUUGCUCAAGGACUGUCGCUGUGGAAAUCAGGGAAGGUAUAACACAAUAGAAGAAAAUGAUAAUGCAGUAAGAUCUGAACAAGAUAAUGAGGAAACACAAAGCCUUGGUAGUGAAGAAAUCACCUUUACCUCCUCCACUGAUAGGAAUGAAACCACUUCUACGAGAAGUAAACCAGCUGUUUGCAUUGAUAGCAAUGAAGCCACUUCUACGAGAAGUGAAUCAGCCAUUCUCAGUGUGUUGUUGGGUCCAUUUAGACCUCAUCCAGCUUUUAUGUGUUUUCCUUCUUCACAUAUUCCUUGGGAAGGUUUUCUUAUCCUUCGUAGAUUGGUCUUGAUUAUUGUGUUGACUUUCGUCUACGACAUUCAGCUCAGGUUGUUCCUAGCUUUAAUAUUGUGUGUUGCCAUUCUAAUCUUGCAUAUGUUUGUGUAUCCUUUUCAGAGAAAACGCGACAAUGUUCUGGAAUCUUUUUCUCUUGGUACACACGUGGUCCUGUGUGGUUCAACUUUAAUAAAAGCUCUUCAUUACGGUGAAGAUUAUUCUUCUUUUUCAAAAAGAUUGCCUGUGUUGAAUGUGAUUGAAAAGAUUAUUAUAGUCACUCCAGUAUAUAUCAUUAUGAUCGUUGUUAUCUUUUCUCUUGCUAUAAAGUUGGUAUUUGGUUUAAAGCUCUGUGUAUCAGUCUUGAUUCGAAAG